UCUUUCACCGUCAGUGUCUGAAAGUGCAGCGUCUUGUUGGCUUGUUUCUCAUUUUCUCUAUAUUCGGUCGCCAUAGAUACUUCCAAAAUGGUCGAGGAGGACAAAUAAAUCAAUUUCUAAUCUAUUUUUUUUAAUAGAAAAGGAAAAAAACAAUUUCCAUUUGCCUUUUUUUUUUUUUUUUUUUUACCGUUUUGUUUAUUUAAUGUUAUCUUUAUUUGUUUGAUUAAUUUUCCAAGUGAUCUGAGAGGUCGAGGCGAUUGGAAGACAGGGGGUUUCAGGAAUAUUUUUGGAACAGGAAGGAAGGGAGAGAGAAGCUUGAUUUGGGGUUUGUUUUGGUUUCCUGGGGGAAUUGGAAGUGAUAUUCGAGAUGGGUUUUUUUAGUACUGUAUUGGGUUUUUGUGGAUUUGGAGUGGGAAUUUCUAUUGGUGUUGUUGCUGGAUAUUUCCUGUUCAUCUACUUCCAACCCACCGAUGUCAAGAUGGUCAAAAUAUCAAGUAUUUUAUGCGCCUAGAGACUGGAGUGUAGAAAAGAAUCAGCUAUGCAAUGAGCAACAAUUUAAGGUGGCUCAUACACUACGUGGCUUCAUUUAUGCCCAACUUACAGAGGAUUGAAACCUGCGCAUGGCAUGAUCCUGAAAUUCGUCCAUUGGUUGAACAAGACUCAGAGACUUUGCAGCGGAUGCUCCCUGAAAUACCUCUUUGGGUGAAGAGUCCUGACUAUGACCGUGUUGACUGGCUAAACAAGUUUAUUGGAUAUAUGUGGCCUUAUCUAGACAAGGCAAUUUGCAAGACUGCAAGGGAUAUUGCAAAACCCAUAAUUGCUGAGCAAAUUCCGAAGUACAAGAUAGAGUCAGUUGAAUUUGAAACAUUAACCUUAGGGUCCUUACCACCUACUUUUCAAGGCAUGAAAGUUUAUGUCACUGAUGAGAAGGAGCUGAUUAUGGAACCUUCCAUAAAGUGGGCAGGAAAUCCUAACAUCACUGUUGCUGUAAAAGCAUUUGGAUUGAAAGCAACUGCACAGGUGGUGGAUUUGCAAGUUUUUGCCUCUCCGCGUAUUACUCUAAAACCAUUGGUUCCAAGCUUUCCUUGCUUUGCAAAGAUUUAUGUGUCUCUCAUGGAUAAGCCACAUGUUGAUUUUGGGUUAAAGCUUCUAGGGGCUGAUCUUAUGUCAAUACCUGGCCUCUACAGAUUUGUCCAGGAGCUUAUCAAGGAUCAGGUUGCCAACAUGUAUCUCUGGCCCAAAACCCUCGAAGUACCAAUUCUAGAUCCUGCGAAAGCCUUGAAGAGGCCUGUAGGAAUCCUGACUGUGAAGGUGGUAAGGGCAACAAAGCUGAAAAAGAAAGAUUUUCUAGGUGCAUCAGACCCUUAUGUGAAAGUCAAACUCACUGAGGAUAAGCUUCCAUCGAAGAAGACAACUGUCAAGCACAAGAACUUGAACCCUGAAUGGAAUGAGGUAUUUAACUUGGUUGUAAAGGAUCCAGAGAGCCAGGCUGUGGAGCUUCUUGUUUAUGACUGGGAACAGGUUGGCAAACAUGACAAAAUGGGUAUGAAUGUAGUUCCUUUGAAAGAACUCCCUCCUGAAGAGACCAAAGUUAUGACUCUUGACCUCCUUAAAAAUAUGGACUUAAAUGAUGUUCAAAAUGAGAAGUCACGUGGGCAGCUUGUUGUCGAAUUGACAUAUAAGCCUUUUAAGGAGGAGGACAUGCCAAAAGAAUUGGAAGAAACGCAGAGUCUACAGAAGGCCCCUGAAGGCACUCCAGCUGGUGGAGGUCUACUUGUGGUCAUUGUUCAUGAAGGUCAAGAUCUUGAAGGAAAGCACCAUACCAACCCUCAUGUGAGAAUUCUUUUCAGAGGGGAGGAGAAAAGAACCAAGCAUGUAAAAAAGAACAGAGAUCCGAGAUGGGAAGAGGAGUUCCAAUUUAUGCUUGAUGAGCCUCCUAAAAAUGAGAAACUACAUGUGGAAGUUGUCAGCACCUCAUCAAGAAUAGGCCUCCUGCAUCCAAAGGAAAGUCUGGGUUAUGUUGAUAUCAGUCUUUCAGACGUAGUUGCCAACAAGCGAAUCAAUGAGAAGUACCAUCUUAUAGACUCGAAGAAUGGCCGGAUCCAAGUUGAGUUGCAGUGGAGAACUUCAUGAGCUUACAAUAUGUUCCUUUUUCUUCAAUGUCUACUAUAUCGAUACCAAUCUGAGAAUAAGAUAGUGCAUCACAGAAGAUAACUUUCAUCUUUAUUAAAGUACAUUGAUUUGUUUGUUUGUUUUGUGUACAUGAGUGCAGUAAUCAAACUGAUUCAAUUCUGUAACUUUUCCUCGUCUUCAAAGAUUUUUUAUUUUAUUUUAUUUUUUAAAAGAUAACAAUACAGAAUGAUUUGUUUA